UCAUCCUCCUGCCAUUGGAGCAUCGGUGUAGCGGAGACAGGGCAUCCUCCCAGCUCCCGACACUCAUGACUACCGAUUAGGGUCGCUCAUCCACGUACAAAUAGAGGGAUAAAAGGACAGUAUUAUGGCGAAGCACCGUCCAGAAAGAGACAGCUGGGGUGAGUGGUCCCUCAGUGAUAAAAAUGUCUAUGACUGGAGCUCAGAGGAAGAGGAGCCAGACGGACGAGCCCGGCCAGUCCAAGUGCUGCUGGUCAAAGACGACCACACUUUCGAAUUGGAUGAGGCGGCACUGAGCCGCAUCCUGCUGGCUGAGGAGGUCAGAGACCGCGAAGUGGUGGCUAUCUCUGUAGCAGGGGCUUUCCGCAAGGGCAAGUCCUUCCUGAUGGACUUCAUGCUGCGUUACAUGUACAAUCACGCGUCUGAGAAGUGGCUUGGAGAUGCAGAUGAGCCUCUGACCGGCUUUUCCUGGAGGGGGGGCUCAGAGAGGGAGACCACUGGGAUUCAGAUCUGGAGUGAGGUCUUUCUUGUGGACAAACCAGAUGGAAGAAAGGUGGCUGUAUUGCUAAUGGACACACAAGGCACGUUUGACAGCCAGUCAACGCUGAGGGAUUCAGCCACCGUGUUCGCUCUGAGCACCAUGAUAAGCUCCAUGCAGGUUUACAAUAUCUCACAGAAUGUACAAGAGGACGAUCUGCAGCACUUACAGCUUUUUACUGAGUAUGGCAGACUAGCAAUGGAGGAGACUUUCCUCAAACCAUUCCAGUCCAUGAUAUUCCUGGUUCGUGAUUGGAGUUUUCCAUAUGAGUUUCCCUACGGACAAGAAGGAGGCAUGAAGUUCCUGGAGAAGAGACUGAAGAUCUCAGAGAACCAACAUGAAGAGCUGCAGAACGUGCGGAAACACAUCCACUCCUGCUUCACCAAUAUCUCUUGCUUUCUGAUGCCUCAUCCUGGCCUCAAAGUGGCCACCAACCCACACUUUGAUGGGAGAAUAAAAGAGAUAGAUGGUGAGUUCAUUAACAACCUGAGGAUUCUGGUUCCCUGGCUCCUCAGUCCUCAAAGCAUCGACGUGAAGGAGAUUAACGGAAGUAAAAUCACUUGCAGAGGCCUGCUGGAGUACUUCAAGGCAUACAUAAAAAUUUAUCAAGGUGAAGAGUUACCACAUCCAAAGUCAAUGCUGCAGGCCACAGCAGAGGCCAAUAAUUUAGCAGCCGUUGCAGCUGCAAAGGAUUUGUACAACAAAAAAAUGGAGGAGGUCUGUGGAGGUGAUCGGCCCUUCCUGGCCCCCAGCGAGCUGCAGGCUCGACACAGCCUCAUCAGAGAGGAGGCCGUGCAGCUGUUCCGCGGCGUGAAGAAGAUGGGAGGCGAGGAGUUCAGCCGCCGCUACCUGCAGCAGCUGGAGGGAGAGAUCGACGAGGUGUUUGUCCAGUACAUCAAGCACAAUGACUCCAAGAACAUUUUCCACGCCGCCCGCACGCCGGCCACGCUGUUCGUGGUCAUCUUUGUCAUGUACGUGGCUGCGGGGAUCACGGGCUUUGUGGGCGUGGACAUCAUUGCCAGCUUGUGUAACAUGAUCCUCGGUCUGGCUCUGAUCACUCUCUGCACCUGGGCCUACAUCCGGUACUCCGGGGAAUACAGAGAACUUGGUGCCGUUAUUGAUCAGGUGGCGGGUGCACUGUGGGACCAGGGGAGCACAAAUGAGGCUCUCCACAAGCUGUAUAAUGUAGCAGCCAAUCACAGGCACCUGUACCACCACGCCUUUCCCGGGCCUCAGGUGAACGAGGCUGCUGAGGAGCGGGACAUGAAGAGGGACUGACGAGGUGAAGACAAACACAGCAGAGACUCCCUUGGGAUGGACAGAAAAGGAAGAGGAACAUCCUCGCCCAUCAGGCACUCUUUUAUUCUGUUAUCGGCUGGUGUGGCCCACCAGCACAGUCACUACUUUAAUCCUUAUAGCGGACUGUAUAACGUACAUGCAUAGGUAAUGUCAGGGCAUCUCCUCGGUGGAUGCCUGCCAUCGAGUGUCGGAUGCAAAAUUUCAUCGUCUUUCACUUUUUGUCCAUGAGCACACGUGUACAGAUUCCCUAGGCACUCUGCUGGAGGAAAUCUCUGAAUACUGCACCUCCAGUCAGCUGUUUAUUUCAUAUCUUGACAAGUUUUUCAAUCAUUUGUUGCUGGCAACUCUUUUCAAAAGUAUAGCCAAAUCUGUGAAAUCCCCAUUUGUGGUGAUCGUUCUGUUCUUUGAAGUUUAGUGCUGUUUAUUGAGAACAUUAAGUAUGAUCUGCGAACGCCAAAAAUAUGUACUGUGUUAAAUAAUGAAGCAGCAUCAUCAGCAUGGUUAAUGUUAGUCAUCUUUAAGCUCUAAAAUCAGGUACACUUUAUAAAAAAAAAAUAAUUGUUUUAAUGGUUGUGACAAAGUGGUAUUGUGCCAUAACAUGUAAAGUAAUUCCACAUCUACUGCAGCCCGGCUACAUGCACUCAGUGGCACAUUUAUUAGUUGUAUACAGUCUGUUUGCUUUGGAGGUGCUUUUAGUGAAGUUCUGGAUCAGGGAGUAAGCUGUGUGCUGGCGUCUGCACCAGUAUUACAGCACUGGAAAGAUAAAAGCAGAGUUACAUCAGUUCAAAGUUUACACAACAUGUUGGCAUUAAGUCUCACUUUUUAGUCUGCUUGCAGUUUUGUAAUUACGCAGCAUCCCUGUGAUCCUUUAUACAUGUGUUUGGCCUUUUUAGGUUGAGGGGGAAAGAGUGAGUUUAGUUGCUAUUGUGACACAGAGGUGGCCGGUGAAGCCAUUGUUUUCCCUUACUGAAUGUUCGAGCAAAUCCGAGGAAUGUAGCUGUUUUGUGGCCACUGAGGAAUCAAAGCUAGAUGUUGCAGGGUGUGGCCACAGGCCUGCUUCGGGACAGGAUCUUUAUUCCAGAUCCCCUUCAUCAACUUCACUCAUGUAACUAAAUCAUCGGUUCAAAUCUGUUGCAUGGCAACAGAGGAACAACAGCCUUUGCAUUUGUAAACAAAACAGCUAGUAAUAGUGACAGGGCUAUUUAGUGUUUGGAUACUCUGGCUCAGUAGACUGCAGUACAUUUAUUUAACUGUGGUUCUUUUUACUCUUUGACUCUCAAUUGUUGCUUUGUAAGACGUCAGCAUCGCAUACGAAGCUACAGUCUGUUUUUUUCAUGCAUAUUUACUGAGUUUAUGGUGGGGUUUGACCUCAAGGGUUAAAGAUUUAAAAGCACUGCAGCAGAGUGGCUUCUCGAGUCUUCCACAGUGUGUAAUCAACAUCACUGAGGCUUUCACACAAACCACUUUAGUCCAGUUAACGACUCACAACGUUUAAAGUCCAUUUUUUUGGGAAACUGUUUUGGAUUUCGUGUCCAUUCAUGAGUCAGUAGAGCAGUAUUUGUUUACACUGUGGAGCAAGAUUUUGUUCAUAAAAAAAGGAGAAAAAUAAACAGACUUUAAUGAUUCUUCAUCAACAUCCUCUUUGGGUUAUCGUUAGGUUAAAUGAGAUAAUGUCUUGGUGAGCUCCUUCAAGUCACUCUGCUUAAUCUCAGCACACUCAUUACAAAAUUUCAGUCACAAAGAAAUAAUAAUAAAGAUGGACCAAACUA